UUUAAGUUGUCCAAAUAAAAUACGGAGCCUAGACAUGACAAGAGAGAAAAGAAAAGGAAUAUACUGCGUACAUAUAACAUACUUCCAAUAAAUUACUCCGUAUGAUCUUUGUGGGUUCCUCUCUAUUCACUCGUAAUUCUUUUUGCAUAGGCAGUGAAGUACCAAUCUUUGAGACGAUUGACGUUCUUCACUAUGUCAGUGGUGAAACCCUUGAAGAAGUUAGUAUCUUGUGUUAUCCUUGAUUUGGAUGGUACACUUAUCAAUACAGAUGGCAUUGUGACGGAUAUCCUAAAAGUGUUUCUGGCUAACUGUGGAAAGCAAUGGGAUGGCAGAGAAGCUCACAAAAUAGUAGGAAAGACACCUGCGGAAGCUGCGGCUGUGGUUGUUGAAGAAUAUGAGAUUCCCUUAACUAAAGAAGAUUUUCUUUCACAAAUUACUCCAAUGUUUUCAGAGAGGUGGUCCAAUAUUAAAGCUCUUCCAGGUGCCUAUCGAUUGAUUGAUCAUUUGAAGAGUCAUGGUGUGCUAAUAGCUUUGGCUUCUAAUUCUCCGAAGUCAAACAUUGAGACAAAAAUUUCGUAUCAUAAAGGUUGGAGGGAGUCCUUCUCUGCUAUUGUGGGGGGUGAUGAAGUUAAAACGGGAAAGCCAAAUCCUGAAAUUUUUCUUGAAGCAGCAAAGCGGCUUGGUGUAAAUCCGUCCAGUUGCCUUGUCAUUGAAGAUUCAUUACCUGGUAUUACUGCGGGUAAGGUUGCUGGAAUGGAAGUGGUUGCCGUACCAUCCCUUCCUAAACAGUCCCAUUUAUACAGUUCAGCUGAUGAGGUUAUCAAUUCACUUCUUGAUUUGCAUCCAGAAAAGUGGGGCCUGCCUGCAUUUCAAGAUUGGGUAGAAGGAACUUUACCAAUAGACACUUGGCAAAUUGGUGGACCCGUCAUUAGGGGUUUUGGGCGUGGAUCAAAGGUUCUUGGUAUCCCAACUGCUAAUUUAUCCACCAAGGGUUACUCAGAUCUGCUAUCAGAACAUCCAUCAGGUGUUUAUUUUGGGUGGGCUGGUUUAUCUACUCGUGGUAUAUACAAAAUGGUCAUGAGCAUUGGUUGGAACCCGUACUUCAAUAACACCGAAAAGACCAUAGAGCCAUGGCUGCUACAUGAAUUCAGUGAGGACUUCUAUGGGGAAGAAUUACAUCUUGUUAUUGUCGGAUAUAUACGACCUGAGGCUAACUUUUCAUCGCUUGAGAGCUUGAUUGCAAAGAUUCGCGAGGAUGGAAGAAUUGCAGAGGAGGCCCUUGAGCUUCCUCUGUACUCAAAGUACAAAGAUGAUCCCUUUCUGUACAUUUCAUGAUUUAUUUGUGGAAGGGGUGCAGCUGGUUGGGGCCGUCAUCUUAGGCAAGAGUGGUGUCAACCAUGAAGUUACAGGACUACACCGUCUACACGGGGGGUGGGGGUGGGGGGUGAGUCAAGCAUGUAUUGUAUAUUUUAAUUUUAAUUAUAAAAAACAUCGUAUUGAAAUAGGUAGUAUAUAUUUUUCAUAAUUAAGCAAUUUCAACUUCAAAAGUUCAGCCACAUUUUUACCUUACUGAAACGGUUCUAAAUGUGUUCUUACCUAAAGAUGUUGAUAAUAGGAAUCCACGGUGAUUCCAAAUAAAGUUUAAUCUUA